UGCGAGCCCACAGCCAAUGACGGUGCGGGAGAGUCUUCCCCGUUUCUAUCGGUCUCCUUGGGUGACAGGGAAUUCCCAGAAGGGGAAAAAAAGCUGAAAAAUGGCAGGAGAAAUGGCGAUGGAGAAGCGUCGGCGUCGCCACGCGCCACCGGCGGUCGCCUCCUCCUCUUCGACCCCCGCCGAGGCCUCCGGCCACACGCCGUCCCCUCCGCCGGACCUCCUCCCGGACAUCGCCCGUCGCCUCACCUCCCUGGAGGACUUCUUUUCCCUCCGCGCCUCCUGCCGCGACUACCGCGCCCUCCUCCCGGCGUCCCGCCCCCACCUCGCCUCCCAGGCCCCGCUCCUCCUCGUCUCCCUCUACCCCUCCUUCGCCGAGGCGCUCUUCCACCCCCGCCUCCGCCGCCUCCACCGCUUCCGCCUCCCCUGGGGCCACCACCUGCCCCCCUCCCGCCUCACCCUCCUCUACGCCCACGGCUUCCUCGUCACCGCCACCACCGCGGCCGCCCAGUACCCCCCCAGGCUCCUCCUCCUCCACCUCUUCACCGGCGACCAGCAGCGCCUCCCCAGGGUCCCCACCCCCUUCUCCCGGGCCAUCCUCUCUGCCGACCUCCUCGUCGUGCUCUUCCUGCCCGGCAGGUCCACCGUCCAGCACUGCCGCCCCGGGGAUGCGCUCUGGCGUGUGGCCACCGCCGAUGCGCCCCACGUGUUCGACGAUUUGAUCUUCGUUGACGCCACCCUCUACGCCCUGGUUGGCCUCCGUCUUGCCACGCUGGAGCUGUCCGAGAGUUCGCUGGAACUGUCAUUCCUUGGAGGAGAGUAUGAUGAGGAGAACAGGCCGGUGGGGGAGCGGUUCAUGCUCGGGGAGUGCGACGGCGAGGUGUUGCUCAUCAGCGAGGAGCAGGCAGAGACGGUUGUGUACCGUGUUUUCCGGUGGGUGCCUGGGGAGGGAAAGUGGGUGAUGAUAACAAGCUUGGGUGGGCGAACAUUGUUUCUUGGGUUCCACGGAUUCGCGGCUUGCAUCGGCCCAGGUUUCCCUGAGAUUCGAGGUGAUUGCAUAUAUGCUGCUGGGCGACGCUUGGGUGAAUGGUUCGAGUAUUCCUUGGUUAAUGGAACUUGUGAUGUCUGCUAUGCUGAAUAUGUGGGCGCACCACCCCUGAACAGCGAUUCACCUCUCAGACCUCCGGUUUGGGUCUUCCCCAGCUUGAUGCCAGCCUGAGAAAGGUUACCCAGAUCAUUGAAGAACAGUGAUGCUGACAUGAAGUAAGAAAAGACAAUGUUUAUUUAGGUAUUAUGCAAUUCGUCGCAAUCUCUCUGAACUCUGAAGCUUAUUUAGCCUCUUUCUUGCCUUACUGAUUUGAGAUUGUUGCAAGUGAGGUAUCAUAUGGAAGAACUGUGCCAGCACCUUUUGUCAAAUUUCCAAAUAUCCCAGGAAUUCAGAUCAGAUGGUUAUACUUAUACGUUUCCUAGUAGUGUAUGGUUAAGAGUCUUCAUAACAUAUGAAUGUAUCACCUGUGUAGACAUAUGUACAAUGGGGAAUAUUUCAGAGUUGGAGGCAAUAUUGAGAUAAAUUUGUAUCAUCUUAGAGGAGUUUAGUCAUGGAUGUUGGCCGGCUUCUGUUUUCGGAUUAAACCAGUGGCUCUCUCAACUUGUUUGUUUCUGAAUGUAGUAAUGCAUGUAAUGCUGCAAAUCCUGUAGAAUUGUUACAGUUAGUUCUAUGGUAACAAGAAGACCAAUAAUAACCAACAUCGAAACAUAAGAGUGUACUAUUCUUAUAUGAGCUGUAUUCUUAAUACUAGGACUCAGACUACACUCAACUUUUAAACCCAUUUAAGAGUAAAACUAUCGUAGAGAAGUCACAGUCGAACAGGUUCAAAUUUGGUUACAUGAUUACCUGCCCUCAAAAGUCACGUUGGUGAGAUCAGAGGAAUCCAAACAAUUCCUAAUUUAUUUACAUGGUUCCUACAGAUCUGUACCAGAAACUUAUAUUUGUGCAAACUUGUGUGACAUUUCAGACAAUCACUUGCUGAGGUCUGGAUACAUGUUCAUAAUGUGAAAUGGAAGCAGACCUUUGACUUAGGUUAUUCAGAAAUCAGAAUCCAAUACGCUUCAACUGUGCUCCCUAAUAAUAACAUUUAGGUCCGAGAAUGUUCAUAUACUUAUUUGAGCUACUUGGACUGAGUGUGUCAUUUGUAUUUGCAACAACAUAUGUUAUGUCUGCUUAAUCGGAAAAUGCCCGUGGAACAAUUAUGCUCCUACCAAGUA